AUGGCGGACUCCAAUGGCGACAGGGGUCCUGCUCAUUCGAGCCAGAAUGUGAACUCUGAGCCUCCAUCCAAGCGUCAACGUCUUUUCCAAGAUCAAUCAACAACGCACCCAAAAAUGUCAGAAAAUUCGGGUCAAGACGCCCAAGGCGGAAUUGCUGAGGCAGACAUCAAAAAAGAGACUAUUUUUGAAAGCAAGGCCGUUGAUACAAAAUUUGAUCCAGACAGUCGCGAAGCUGAAGCUGGUAUUCUUCAUUUUGUCAAUGAUAAUGGGUUGGGUUUUUCUGGAACCCUAAAGCAAAGAUACACGGAUUUCCUUGUCCACGAAAUUGCUCCGGAUGGAACUGUCGUUCACCUUACAGACGACAAACCACCGCCAUUCAACCCGCAUACCGAUGAGCCUGCUCAAAAACUGGAUCAAGAACCAUCUUCAAGUCGCUUUUCAAGGUUUGGCGCUCAAGACGUCAGGAUUGAACUUGCUAAGGAAGAGGCUGCAAAAAAAACGGCGGAGGCUUCAGCAGAUAGUUCAGCUUCAACAGAGAAACCCGACGCUUCGUCCAACGUAGAUGUCACCACACAUGCUGCUUCAGAAGCCGUGACUCCCCAAGUUGACGAGCCUGCGACAACCAACGGACCGACUGAUCCCAAGCAAGAGCCAAGCACUGCUAGUACUCCCGACAGCGAAGAGAAUCGUCAGAAGCUUAAUACCUACUUUGACCCCACCUUGACUGAUCGAAUCUACGCUCUGUACGAGGAGAUUCUUAAGAAACCCACUGCCAAAGCAACCUCUUUUGAAGCCGUUCUCACAGAACCACUUGAACGCCAUGUCCGAAGCCAGAUUCACGCUGAUAUCCGCCGCAUAUUUAAUUCUCGUUUGGAAACGGAGGCCGUUGAUCAGGGUAAGAUCAGUAUUGCCGCAGCUCGCCCGUCAAAUCCUCGAGCCGCUGCAAAACCUCGAGCACCUAAUCCUCGAAACCAAAAAGGUAUGUCCAGGGGCAAAGUGGGAUGGAAUGAGCUUGGUGGAGAGUACCUACAUUUUACUUUGUACAAGGAAAAUAAAGAUACGAUGGAGGUUGCUAGCAUACUUGCUCAAGCCCUCAAGGUCAACAAGAACACCAUCGGACACGCCGGUACUAAAGAUCGUCGGGCUGCUACGACACAGCGGAUGAGUGUUCCUCGUUUACUUGCUGCCAAUGCAGCAAAAGUAAACUACGGUCCUCGUGGACUUCGAUUCGCGCGAAUUGGCAAUUUCAAGUAUGAAAAAUACGGCUUGGAACUGGGUGAGCUCAAAGGAAACCAAUUCACAAUCACUCUUCGAGACUGUCAUUUCGGAGAUGAUUCGAGCCUUGAUGAAGAAUCGAGAUUAAAACUAGCGAACAAAGUUGUUGGAGAGUCAGUGCGCCAACUUCAAGAAGAUGGAUUUCUCAAUUACUACGGUAUGCAGCGAUUUGGUACAUUUGGAGUCGGUACAGAUGAAAUCGGCAAGAAGAUCCUCAAAGGAGAUUUCCAAGGUGCUGUUGAGUCCAUAAUGUCAUACAGCGACGAAACCUUGGCAUAUGCGUUGCGCGACACUCCCACAACUGAUCAAGUGAACAAAGACGACGUCGACCGAGCUCACGCUAUACAUAUCUUCAACACCACUGGAAAUAGCAGAAACGCGCUGGAAAAGCUACCUCGAAAGUUCAACGCCGAGGCUUCCAUAAUUAGAACAUUGGGAUCACAGAAGAACGAUCACCUUUCCGCCAUAAUGUCGAUCGCAAGGAAUCUGAGACUCAUGUAUGUCCACGCCUAUCAAUCUAAAGUGUGGAAUCUUGCCGUCAGUCAGCGCUGGACGAAAUAUGGAAAGCAGGUCGUUGAAGGGGACCUUAUCUUGAUCGAAUCACGCGCCGCGAUUGAAGCAGCUAAGAGAGAUGAGGUCGACGAGAACGGCGAGGUUGUUGUUCAUGCAGAAGGAGGCGAUGCAGGAUAUACAAAAGAGGAGAUUUUCGAUCGAGCCAGACCUGUAUCAGCUGAGGAGGUUGCCAGUGGCAAAUAUACAAUCUAUGAUAUCGUUUUGCCGACGCCAGGUUGGGACAUCGAGUACCCACAAAAUGAUAUCGGUGAUUUCUACAAGGAAUAUAUGGGAAGCGAUGCAGGAGGCAAUCUGGACCCUGCAAACAUGCGCCGCCCGAAUAAGGAUUUCAGUCUCAGUGGAAGCUAUAGGAAGAUGAUGGCGAAAGUGAGCGAUAAUUGCACAUUCGACGUGAGAUCAUAUCGCGCAGAGACUGAACAGAUGGUGGAAACCGAUCUCGAGCUUCUCAACAAGUUGAAGCAUGCCAAUAAGAAUGGCCAAUACAAGAGCCAGUAUAGUGGCAACAAGUCAAAUCCCUUCAAUGAAGCGCUGCAAGGGAAACAGCUCAACGAUCGUCAAUUCAAUGGAGUUAGAGGCGGUAAAACCGCUGAGCACGAUGCGCUGAGGGAGCAGGUGGUUGGCACUUCUGCACAUAACGCUUGGCUGAACUCUGCAGAUACUAUCAAGGCCCGGGACACUGUUCUCAGAGAGGCUGCGGAGGCGGAGGCAAUUGCAUCUGGAUCUGCAAUUACUUUACCACAAUUUACAGAAACUUUUGUCAAGACUUCUGCGGAUGAGGAACGCCGACGAACCAGUAACAAGGGAACUGUUGUUCAUGAAGCAGAGAAGCAGAAGGAAAAUGUGCCGUUGAAUUCAAAGGACAGUGGGGAACCAGCAGAUCCGACAAACUCGGCAAAUUCUGCGAAGCCAGACACGAAUAGUAGUGAUACUGUUAUGGUUGAAGCCACAAGCUUGGAGCCUGAAGUCGUGAAAACCGAGCCAGCAAAUGUGCCGACCGAAUCAUCACCGCUAAAGAGAGAAGCCGCAGAGAUAUCAGAGUCAGUUCCCUCAUUAGGGCAACCACCGGCAGAACAGGUUGUCGAGGAUGAACGUCCCGUACGGAUUGCUGUUAUUUUGAAGUUUGCUUUGCAGACGAGCCAAUAUGCAACUGUUGCGCUGAGAGAGUUGAUGAAGCAGGGUGGAGUUAAGUCUUACCAAGCAGAAUACACCAGUGCUCGCUAA